CUUAGGUCAUCGUAUCAGCUAUUGGCUGAGUGUGCCGGUGGGUAUGAGAACUUGACUUUUACCAAAUGUGAUCAGAAGAACCAUUUGAACAAGAAUAGACAAAAGACUAUGUCUCGUGGCGAAGCGACUUUCUUGAUGGACUACUUUCAAGACCAAAAGGAGAAGUAUCCCGGCUUCUUUUAUGCUGUAGAGGUAGAUUGUGAGGAGAAAGUUGCCAAUAUUUUUUGGGCAGACAGUAGGAUGCGUGAAGAUUAUGCACUUUUCGGAGACUCUGUCUCCUUCGACACCACCUUCCGAACCAAUAAACACUUCCGGCCAUUGGGGAUGUUUGUAGGUUUCAAUCAUCACCGACAAACUUGUGUGUUUGGCGCUUGUUUGCUAUAUGACGAGACAACUCCUUCUUUUGAAUGGUUGUUUGAAGCAUUUAGUCGGUGCAUGAAGAGGAAACUCCCA